CAAAAAUUGACAAAAGUCUUUUUUUCUUCAGAUCUGCGGGGAAAUCAACAAGUCCUAAAAUAGAUUUGCGAUGGCAGGGGGGUUGCCUUCAACGAGAAGUCCCAGAACAGAUCUGCGAGGAGGGCUUGCGGGUUGUGUUCAAUGACUGUCUUCAACGAGAAGACCUGGCCGGAAUAGAUCUAUGACGGCGUAAGACUUUUUCAUUUAAUUAAAUUUACACCAAAGACAGCACCUUUAUUAUGAUAUAUCUUCCCCAUACACCACCUACCUCACCUCCUCCAUAUGAUAUUACUCCUCAGUAUUAUAUAUACACACAUAAAGGCCCUCUAUCUGCUGCACAUAUUUAUAUAUACUGUAUUCACUCCAGCUAAUUUAUUACUUUAAAAAAAACAAAUUUCUCUUGAAGAAUAAAAAAAAAAAUAGAAUGAAGGUGGUUCUUAUUGCAAUCUUGCUUCUUCUAGCUCUAGUUCUUGGCUCCUCAUCAGCCAGUACUACUUCAAAGUCAUCAGGUGGUGGUGGUGGUUCGUGCGACGACAAGUGCGAGGCGAGGUGUUCAAAGGCGGGGUUCAAGGACAGGUGCACAAAGUACUGCGGGAUAUGCUGCAAGCAGUGCAACUGUGUGCCCUCUGGGACUUAUGGCAACAAGCACGAGUGCCCUUGUUAUAGGGACUUGAAGAACAACAAGGGCAAGCCCAAGUGCCCUUAAUAUUAAUAUAUAAUCUCUCUCUCU